AACACCUAAGCUCAUCAUGAACUGGUGGAAAAUUAUAGGGGGAAUCUUUGGAGGAGCAGUGAUAUUAGCCAUUGGUCUCUUGAUUGGACACUUUGGUAUCAAAAAAGAGACAGAGAUAAAGACAGAGAUAAAUAGUCCUGAAUGGGUGAAGGACAUUAGUAAAGAUGUUGAUGAAGAAUUUAUCAAGGAGUUCAUGAAGGAGGUGAAUAACAAGAAUAUUGAAGAGAAUUUAAGGAUACUAAGCAAGAAACCUCAUAUGGCAACAACAUCAGCGGAUGAGGAGUUGGUAAAGUUAAUCCUGACUCAGUGGAAUGAUCCAGUGAUUGGUCUGGAUUCUGCUAAAGAAGAACGAUAUGAUGUGUAUCUGUCAUUCCCCGAUGCUGAGAAUCCAAAUAAUGUCAAAGUGUUGACUCCACAAGGGAAUGCAAACUUCACUUCCCAACGUGCAGAAUCAAAUCUCACUGCGGACCAAAAUGAUCCAGAUAUUGUUCAGCCAUAUGUUGCAUUUGCUCCUAAAGGAAGUGCCAAGGGUAAACUAGUAUAUGCAAAUGAAGGAAAGGUGAGUGAUUUCCAAGAACUGGUAGCUAAAUCAAUUGAUCUGCGCGGCACCAUCGCCAUAGUACGUUAUGGAGGAACAGGAAGAGUUAAUAAGGCAAUAAAUGCAGCUGAAUUUGGAGUCGUAGGUGUUGUGAUUUAUACUGAUCCCAAAGAUAUAAAUGAUGGGAAGGCUGAUGCAAGUGAAACUUACCCCAAUUCCUGGUACAUGCCUCCCUCGGGGGUUGAAAGGGGCUCAUUCAAGGAGAAUUUUGGAGACCAACUCACACCUUAUUAUCCAGCUAAAAGUUUCACCUACAGAAUCAAUGAAACCCAGAUUAAGGGUCUUUCCCCAAUACCUGCACAACCAAUAGGGUUUGAAGAUGCUAAGACCCUAAUAUGUGAGCUGGGGGGACCUGCUGCUCCGGAAAACUGGCAAGGAUCUCUGGGUUGUGUUUAUAAUUUAGGACCUGGCUUCAGCCAAAGCAGCCGUUUCAACAACAGUGAUGUCCAGGUGAAUGUUUACAACAACAGAACAAUCAAAUCUUCAGCCAACGUAAUGGGUCUUAUUAGAGGAGCUGUGGAACCUGAUAGAUAUGUCUUGUACGGGAACCACAGAGACAGCUGGGUACAUGGUGCUAUAGAUCCAUCCAGUGGAACUGCUGUAAUGCUAGAAAUAACCAGAGUCCUUGGAGCUAUGCUGAAACAAGGUAAAUGGCGACCCAGAAGAUCCAUUAUUUUUGGCAGCUGGGGUGCAGAAGAGUUUGGUCUAAUUGGCUCAACAGAAUUUGCAGAGGAAUACUACAGCAAAUUGAGGGACAGAACCACAGCCUACAUCAAUGUUGAUAUCUCCGUUUUUGCUAGUGACACUCUGAGAGCCCAGGGAACUCCUCCUGCGCAGAGCGUCAUUUUCGCAGCAUCCAAGCAGGUUAAUACACCUUUGCACCCUUCGCUCACUGUUUAUGAUAACUGGAAGAAGCACUCUAAUCGUACUAGCAUUCAGCAUGGAAUCAUACCCCAACUUGGCACACUGGGAUCUGGCAGUGACUAUGCCCCUUUUCUCCACUACCUGGGGAUCACUUGCAUGGACCUUGCAUAUACUUAUGACAGGAGCAAGUCUAAGGCCCGGAUAUAUCCUGCUUACCAUACAGCCUUUGACACGUUUGAUUAUGCCGCUAAACAUAUUGACCCAGGUUUCCUCAGCCACCAAACAGUGGCACGAACAGCUGGAAAUGUUCUGUUGAGACUGUCAGACAGCCUUAUCCUACCACUUGGUGUGAAAGACUACGUAGAGACUCUAGAGCAAUAUUAUAACACUGCAGAAAAUAAUUUUCGGGACAAACUCCAGCAGAACAAAAUCUCUCUAGAGCCAUUAAAAAAUGCUAUAAACAAAUACAAGACUGCAUGUGACGCUCUGGAGAAGACUAUUAAAGAACUGAAUAGUACUGAUGAGAUGCCACUUAAGAUUAGAAUGAUUAAUGACCAACUGAUGCUCUUGGAACGAGCUUUCAUUAACCAUUUUGCAUUCCCAGAUAAAUUAUAUUACAGUCAUGUUAUUUGGGCUUCACGCACCUCCAGUGUGGUCACAUUCCCAGGCCUUGCAGAUGCCUACCAGUUAGCGGUCACAACCAACCAAAAAGACAACUGGGACCAGGUCCACCAUCAAUUAACAAUUGUAAUUCAGGCUAUAGAGAAUGCUGCAUCGACUCUGGAAAUUGCUGCUACCAUUUAAUAUAUCAAUUAAAAAUUACAAAAGAA